AUGCCAUCAACAAGAGUGCCCCUUAUGGAGAGUUCAGACAACAACGCGAGUCCAUCCCCAUCCGCUGCGGAGGCAACGCGCCGGCGCACGUCUGGACGCGUUGUGAGGCCCCCCCAAAAGUUUUCGCCCGAAGUGACUUCAUCUCGGAACGGAAAAUCGACCUCGAAGCGUAAACGAGUCACCGAAAAUGACGAUGAGGAUGCUGAGAAUGAGGCGCCAGAUGCCGAUCUGUCAUCAGAGCUGAGCGAAUUGGACGACGGCGAUGACGAUGACGAUGACGAUGAAAGUGCCGUGGAGGAACCUACCCCAAGACCCAAGAAGGGAAAAUCGCGAACGAAGAAGCCUGCUGCCAAACGAGCCAAGGUCAAUGGAACUGCGCCCACUGGUGACGCGACUGCAUCCGCUUCCAACGGACCAGUUAGGUUACCCAACAGACCUAAGAAGACGGUGCGAGUCGCAAUUGCGCGACGCGAUGGGGAUGGCGUUUAUGCUGAGAUCUUCGGGUCUGGCGAUUCUCCUGACGAUGUGGCCGCAAACUGGUUUCAGCGAUACCAAGCAAACGACGCGCAAGCCCUGACGGAUCUUGUGAACUGCGUGCUUCUUGCCGCUGGCUGCGAUCAAAAUUUGACCGAGGACGAUAUCCGCGACCCUGAAAACUCGACCAACCGACUGUCAGAGCUCGAAGAGGCGUACGAGCAAACGACUAUCUCAGACUAUCCUCUCAUUUCCAAAGCCAAGAGCAGCAAGAACUUCCGCGAACAACUCGUGGGCUUCUUCGAGUCUCUCAUUAGCCUUCUUCACCAGACCGACGUCCUGUACACCGACGAGGCACUGCUGGACAAUGUUCAGAGAUGGGUCGGAAUCAUGUCUUCUUCGGCGCUUCGCCCAUUCAGACACACCGCUACCACAGUCGGUUUAUCUUUACUUACAGCUAUGAUUGCCGUGACGAAACAGCUGGAUGAUCGCAUCACCAAGUCAAGCCAGGCUCUCCAGGCAGAGUCCAACCGACGAAGCAAGAACAAAAAUCUCGUCGCCAACACUCAAAAGGCCCUUGAUGGGGCCAGCCAGAAUCGUCAAUUCAUUGAUGAGAAAGUAAAGGAUCUCUUUAACAUUGUCUUCGUUCACCGGUAUCGUGAUAUCGAUGACAAGAUACGCUCCGAGUGUAUUGAGGCUCUCGGCACGUGGAUUUGCACCCUUCCCACCGUUUACAUGGCCCCCGAGUAUCUGAGAUACUUAGGAUGGCUACUCUCAGACGUAGCCUUCACUGCACGUCAGGAAGUUUUGAAGCAACUGGGGAGGGUUCUGAAGCGUGACGCUGAGAAGCUCGCUCAUUUCAUCGACAGGUUUCGACCUCGCCUGGUGGAAAUGGCCACCAGCGAUCGAGAGAUUUCUGUUCGAGUGGCCGCCAUUGCCGUCGUUGAUAUUCUGCGGUCUUCUGGCAUGCUGGAGCCUGAGGAAGUCGACUCCACCUGCAAGCUCCUUUUCGACACCGAGGCAAGAAUUCGCAAGGCUGUUGUGCCAUUCUUUGCCGAAUUGGUGCAAGAGUUUGUUGACAACAAAGUUGAUGAGAUCGGAGGCAGUGAAGCUUUGGAUGAUCUGUUCGGUGAGAAUGACGAGGACGAUUACAAUUCCCCUCGAAAGGAGUGGAUCCACAUCAAGUCCCUCGCUGAGAAUCUAGCCGCCUAUAAUUCUUCACUCGAUCAGGAGCAAGACGAGAUGAGACACGGCCUCGACGUUGCAGCCGAUGUUGUCAGCGCAAUCAUUCCCGAAACUCGCAUUGCUCUGGCAACCCAGGCCCUCUACGAGAAGAUGCCAGAAAUCAGUAACUGGCACAUCCUUGCUGGCUACUUAUUAUUUGACCACACAACAAGCUCAAAGUCCAAAUCGAAAUCGAACUCAACAGAAGCCGCUACAAGGGCGGCUGUGGCUCCGAGUUCGGAAGAGGAGGCUAUUCUCCUGGAAGUUCUGUCCACAGCCGUGAAGGAAAGCCUCGUUCCCGGUGGCGAGCACGAUAAAACCAAGAAACGGCCAGGUAGACUCGAUCUCGACGCACAAGAGGAUGCCGGCGUGCAAUUGGCUGCGAUUAUACCCCAACUCCUGAACAAGUUUGGGUCUGACCCACACGUAGCGGGUAUAAUUCUGCGGCUGGAACACUACCUGGAUCUUGAAGUCUUCCAACAACUUCUUCAGAACGCCACGACCUACGACAAACUCUUGGACGAGAUAACGAGGCAGUUUGGCCGCCAUGUGGACGAGACUGUACUCAACGAAGCAGCUAUGGCGUUCAUUCAUGCCAGACAAUACGAAGAGCUGGAAGAACUGACAGACAGCAAGCUUACAGUCUUAUGGGAUAAUACUGUGAACUCGCUACGAAACUUCGAGAAAACCUGCGAACUCAGUGUCCGUGGCAACCUCGGACGAGCAUCACUUAAUGAGCUUGCGAACGUCUUGAAGAAGAUUAGCAAGUUGGCCAGAAUUUCGGACUGUGUGGAUGUCAUGGAGGCCCCCGGAACCGCCAGCGAUUUCAACGACCCUGUUGUCAAGAUAUUGACUGGAAUCGUACAUCGUGGUUUCUUGGCUGAAUCAGAUGACGACCUUGAUGACCCUGAAGACGAAGUUGUUGCGUUUGCCAUCAAAGGCUGCCAAUUUUACUUCAUGUGGAAAAUUCGUCAGCUGCAAGUCGCCAUCCAAAAUGGUGAGGAUUUGUCUGACGCCGAAGUCGACCACUUGGUUAUUCUACGGAAGGACUUCGUUACCAACCUGAUCCACACUCUUUCGUCUCGGGGUUUCAAUGACGAUCUGCGAUUGUUUGCCACAGGCAGCCUUUGUGAUUGCUGUGCGUUGUUCGUCUUCCUGCGGCCGAUUGUUUCAGGUCCGCAGGCCAACAAAUACAGCAAGCUGCGUCCUCUGCUCGAAGAAUUGCCAUCAGCACUGAUGACGAAGGAAAUUAUACCCAUCUUCGAUGCAGCAGAACGCGAGUAUGCCAAGCAAGCGAAGAAGACUCUGAACGAGCCUGCAGAUGACGAAGACCCGCUCGAUGAUGAGCUUCCGCCAGAGGAGGAUGAAGAUGAGGAACUCACGGAACAAGAGCGCGUUGCAGCCGAAUUGAAGGCGGAAAAGAUCCUCUGCGAACUGACGGGCAAGCUGAUCAUUGGUAUUCUUGGCAAGGUCAUCGACCACUCGGGUCCCCACGCCGGCAAGCUUCGCAAGCGCCUGAUGCGCAACAAAACGAAGCUAGGAUUGACGUUUAGAGACGUCGUUGCGUUCUUGGACGACGACCACCUGCGCGAAAUGAGAGGUGGUGGGAAGAAGAAGAUUGCAUCGAAGGGCAAGGGCAAGGAAACUGCAGCAUCGAAAAAGUCUCACCAGAGCGCCGAACUUGUCAUCGAUUCGGACUCGGAAGACGAUCCGUUCGCAGAAGACCCGCCUGAGGAAGGCACGGUGGAAGAUUUGAGAAAUAGGGAGUUGCUCGAUGAUCCCAUUGAGGAUGAUGAGGACGAGGAGAGGCCGCCUGAGCCGAUGGAGGAAGAUAAUCCGCUUGGAGACUAG